GUAGGGAGGCAAUGUUCUCUUUCUCUUUUUCUCUUCUCCUUUCUGUCAAUAUUUCUAAUAUGCUUCCUACCUUUCAUUCUUCUUGGUGAGUGCUCUAGAAAAAAGGAAUUUCCUCCAAAAAAAUACAUUAACACACUAAAUCAGUCUAGAGUUAUAUAUAAGGAAUUUAAGAAGAUUAAGUCAAUAUUUAAAAUAUUUAGAACCUUGGAUUUUAGAAAGUAACUUCAGAUGAAAUUAUCUAGGGUAGUGGUAUUCAAAAAUGUUUAGUGAGACUUGGGGGUUUUCUAGACAUGUCCUGGUAUCUGGUACAGCAGUCAUUGAAAAUAUUGGCAGGGUUCUGGUGUCUUUCACUCUUCACUUCAGCAAAAGGUUAUCGGUGGGACUCGGUGUCUGUACUAUGAAUCCACUGCUCCUGGAGCAAAGACCAGUCACUUCUGAUUGCAGAAAUGUGCUCUCUCCCCAUGGCCCGAUAUUACAUAAUUAAGGACUCAGAGCAGCAAGCUCUGUAUAUGAGAGGUGACCAGCUACUGGUGGGAAAUCCCAACACAGACAACUGCUAUGCAGAGAAGAUUUGCAUACUUCCCAACAGAGGCCUAGAUCGCAUGAAGUUCCCUGUCUUCUUGGGGACCCAAGGGGGGAGACGCUGCUUAGCAUGUGUGGAGAAAGAGGAGGGGCCUUCCCUGCAGCUGGAGGAUGUGAAUAUUGAGGACCUGUAUAAAGGAGGAGAGGAGGCCACACGCUUCACCUUCUUCCAGAGAAGCUUGGGCUCUGCUCUGAAACUUGAGGCUGCUGCCUGGCCUGGUUGGUUUCUCUGUGGUCCAUCUAAGCCCCAGCAGCCUGUUGGACUCACCAAGGAGAGUGAGUUAUCAGCCCAUACUGAAUUCUAUUUUGAACAAAGUUGGUAGGGAAGCAUAAGACUGAGUUUCAGGCUGGAGUUAUCAAACCCAGCUUAUCUUAUUCAGAGUCUGUAGAAGACAGAAUAGUAACUCCCUAAUAAUGUCCAUAUCCUAAUCCACAGAAUCUGCUGAUACAUUAUCUUCCUAGGCAGAUGGAACUCUGUAUAUACAAUAAAAAAACGAGUCUUGGGAUGGAGAAUCUAUCUUGGGUGAUCUCAGAGCGUUCAUUGUAGUCUUCAAAGUCCUCCUAAAAAAAGAAGCAGGUAGUAAGAGCCAGAAAGAAACUAGAAGAUAGUAUGCUGAUGACUUUGAAUAUGGAGACAGGAAAUUAUGAGCAAAAAAAGUCCAGUUUGUUUCCGCAGUGGGAAAAGGGAAGGGAGCCAUUCUUAGAGCAGCCCUGUUGACACCCUGAUUUUUAGUUCUGUGAGGCCCAUUUUAAACUUCUGAUUUCUGGAACCAUAAAAUAAUAAACUUGUGCUGUUUUAAGCUA